ACAUUCUCAUUCUGCAAUCCCUAUCCUCUUAAUCAACCUUCUCUUUCUAUAUUCUACUUUCUAGAGAGAGAGAGAGCACAUAAACUCAUACAACUCACAACAAUGCAGCAAAAGAUUGUAGUGAAGGUGAGCAUGGACGGGGACAAGAAAACCCGUAAAGCUCUGAAGAUCGCGGUUAGUAUUUCCGGAGUUGAAUCCGCGUCUUUCGUUGGGUCAGAUAAGGACCAGAUAGCAGUGACCGGUGAAGGUAUCGACUCCGUUGAACUAACAACCUUACUAAGAAAAAAGGUUGGAUACACGGAGCUGGUAAGUGUUGGUCCAGUGGAGGCAAAGAAAGAAGAACCAAAGCCCACUGUGCAAGUUGAUCCUUAUGAGUAUUACUAUCAUAGCUAUGGUGUGCCCUAUUAUUAUGUAUCUCCGUAUUGAGACUUCAUAGACUGAAAACACAGUUGGUUUAAAAUAUAUAUUUCAACCCCUUUCUCUUGUUUAUUAUAAUUGUGGUUUUAAGAUUCCUCAUGUAAAUACAGCUUCUGUGUAAGGAAUUUCACUUUUAAGUUUACAUAACUGUUAUCUCUAAAA